CGCGGUUAUAAAAAGGCUGACAUUGUUUGGACUGUAACUGGACGCCGUCCGGCUGCAGGACGAGCUGCUCAGGACCAACACGACUAUUCUUAGAGCUUUUGUUGUGCUGACGCCAUGUGGAAGGUCAAACCUCCGGUUGUUUUUCCUUUGGAGACGAGGUACCGGCCGAUUCUGGAGAGUCUGGUGCCGCCUGACCCCAUGUCCCAGUUCCACCUGAGGAGAGGUUCUCCUGACGAGGAGUUCCCCGACCUCUGCAGGAACUCUACCUGGAUGGGACGGAUCCUCACACGGGACAUGUACCGCCGCCAGUUCAACCGCUGCACCCACAGCGGCGUCAUCUUCGAUGAUGUCAUCCGCCCAGGCCUCGAGGAGCCAG